AUUUGCAACGUUUCCUACAGACAUUCGGAUUCUUCACCUGAUUUUCCCACUUAUUCUUUGCUUCUUUUUUCUUUAAAAUUCACAUUUUCGCAUUAAAUCCUAGAAAAAAAAAGAAAAGAAAAUUAGUAAUAAUCUCUAGUUUGUGGUUCCUCCGAAGUUUCAGAGUAAUUUCGUGUGGAAUUAUUUAGACUGAGGCAGCUAGACUGGGUUUGAGGGCUUUUUCUUUUCUUCCCAAGCAUUUAGGGAUGGCACUAGACCCCGACCAAACUUCGGUGGACUCUAUUACCCUAUUUGUGGCACUUCUCUGCUCCUGCAUUGUGAUUGGUCAUCUUCUGGAGAAAAACCGAUGGUUUAAUGAGUCAAUAACUGCCCUUGCCAUUGGGCUUUGUAGCGGAAUUAUCAUUCUGUUGACCACUGAAGGAAAGAGAUCACACAUUCUAGUAUUUAAUGAAGAGCUGUUUUUUAUAUAUCUUCUGCCUCCCAUCAUAUUCAAUGCCGGAUUCCAGGUAAAAAAGAAGCAAUUUUUCCGUAACUUUGCGAUGAUAAUUUUGUUUGGUGCUGUUGGAACUUUGAUAUCAUUUGUCAUCGUAUCCAUAGGUACCAUGCAGUUAUUUAAGAAGUUAGAUAUUGGUUUCCUGGACAUCGGAGAUUAUCUUGCAAUUGGAGCAAUCUUUUCGGCCACAGAUUCUGUUUGCACUUUGCAGGUGCUUAAUCAGGAUGAGACACCUCUUCUGUACAGUAUAGUCUUCGGUGAAGGUGUGGUAAAUGAUGCCACGUCAAUUGUACUUUUCAAUGCAAUUCAGAAAUUUGACCUCUCUCACAUCACCUCAAGAAUUUUUAUCGAAUUCAUUGGGAACUUCUUAUACUUCUUUAUUACAAGCACAUUGCUUGGAGUAGGGGUUGGACUAAUAAGUGCGUACAUCAUAAAAAAAUUGUAUAUUGGCAGGCACUCUACCGAUCGUGAAGUUGCUCUCAUGAUUCUCAUGGCUUACCUCUCAUAUAUGAUGGCUGAAUUGUUCAAUUUGAGCAGCAUUCUUACAGUGUUCUUUUGUGGCAUUGUUAUGUCACACUACACCUGGCAUAAUGUGACUGAAAGUUCAAGAAUCACCACCAAGCAUGCUUUUGCAACAUUAUCAUUCAUAUCAGAGAUUUUUAUCUUUCUGUAUGUUGGUAUGGAUGCUUUGGAUAUAGAGAAGUGGAAAAUUGUUAGCAAAAGUCCUGGAACAUCUGCCGGGGUGAGCUCAAUACUUCUUGGCUUAGUUCUAGUUGGAAGGGCAGCUUCUGUAUUCCCUCUAUCUUUUAUAUCCAAUUUAUUCAAAAGGUCUGAGAGUGACAAAUUUACUUUGAAGCAACAGGUUACAAUAUGGUGGGCAGGGCUCAUGCGAGGUUCUGUGUCUGUGGCACUUGCUUAUAAUCAGUUUACUAGAUCGGGGCAUACACAAUUGCGUGGAAAUUCCAUAAUGAUAACCAGCACCAUCACUGUUGUUCUUUUCAGUACUGUGGUGUUUGGAUUAAUGACAAAGCCUCUAAUAAGGCUGCUGCUACCAAGCAAGCACCUUUGCGGAGGUGUGUCCUCUGGAUCUUUUAAUUCUUUUCCCUCAAAGCUGAUGACAGAUCUGCCACUUAUCGCCAAUGGGGAUGCUGAAGUGGGCGGCAAUAAUAUUCCCCGUCCAACCAGCCUACGUAUGCUCUUAGCCACACCAACUAGAACCGUCCACUACUACUGGCGGAAGUUUGAUGAUAGUGUCAUGCGUCCCAUGUUUGGUGGGAGAGGUUUCAUGCCACAUGUUCCUGGUUCACCAACAGAACCACUUCUUCACUGAUGACACUUACCAUACACUGAAUGAGUUUUCCACUAAUAAAAUAUAUCUGGGGAUUUAAGGAUCGGCCUUAUGUGUGAGUGUAUAUAUAUGGGAUAAAAUCAACAUGGCUGGUGUAAAUAUUAGUAUAUUACUGAUUAGAGACGUAAAAGAGUAGUGGAAGAGAUGAGUAGGGAGAUGAUGGUACAUUUUGUACUGGUUCCGGAUUCAGAAUUAGGGAUUAAGGUAGCUUUAUGAUGUUUCAACUCAAAACUUACUAGGAAUAUGUUCAUUCUUUUUCUACCCAGACAGACAGGAAAAUGUAAACCAUUCAAUGUUCUGCAUAUAAACUAUAACAAACUACUUCCAUACUUCUAAAA